CUAAGAAAAAAAGUAGUCACCUACUUCUUUAAAAUUUUUCUUGAAACAAUAGAACCAAAAAGAGAAAACAAUGGAUUCUGCUUCCUCCUCAUCUUCUUCUCAUUCCCUCUAUGAUUUGAAUUUCAAUACCCCUUCCCUUCCAUUCAACAUAAACGAUUCGGACGAGAUGUUCCUUUAUGGCCUUCUCGCACAAGCUGACUCAGACACCAUCAUCUCUGUAACGAAUAAUAAUACUCCCAUGGUCGAGCCAAAAGUACCCUCAUCAAAGGAAAAGAAUUAUAGAGGUGUUAGGCAUCGACCAUGGGGAAAAUUUGCGGCGGAGAUAAGGGACUCAACUAGAAAUGGAAUUAGGGUAUGGCUAGGGACAUUUGAUAGUGCUGAAGAUGCUGCUUUAGCAUAUGAUCAAGCUGCUUUUUCAAUGAGGGGUACAAGUGCAAUCUUGAAUUUUUCAGUUGAAAGAGUUGUUGAAUCUCUUCAUGAAAUGAAAUUUCAUGUUGAGGAAGGUUGUUCACCUAUUAUGUCUCUUAAGAAGAGACACUCUAUGAGGAAGAGGAAAUUGAACAAGAAAAAUAAAAUAAGUAGGAAAAUUGUAAAAGAUGAGAGUAAUUAUAAUGUUAAUAUAGUAGUGUUUGAAGACUUGGGUGUUGAUUAUUUGGAACAACUUUUGAGUUCAAAUGAUCAUAGUAGUGCUAGUAAUGAUCACGGAGGUUCGUGGUGGGACGAAUAAGAUAUCACUUCAUUGACCGUUAAUCAAAGGAUUAAAGUUCAAGCAUGGGAAGGACAUGAUCGAUGAAUGGAAUGAAUCUUACAUCAAUGAAGGAUGAGAAUCCUGUGCUCCUAUAUGACUUAGACUAACCUCCUUUUGAGCUAGCUUUUGAAGUUAGAUGGCUAGAUCCAAAUCCAUUUAACACUAUACAAAUUUGAAUUAAUUAGUGACUCAAAAUGAGUAUUAUACCUUGGAUGAAAAACAAAAAAAAAAUAUAUUACUACUAGUGUAACUUUUAGUGCUUGGUAAAUCAUUGGUCCAUCCAAUUUUUUUCUUCUAUUUUUACAUCGAUCUCUCCCUUACUUUAAUUGGAGAGAGGUUUGUAA